AUGAUCAUCCCGGCGGCAUCCUGGCUGACUCGGCUGGUGAUCGAUUCCUGCCAUCGACGAACACUGCACGGGGGUGUGCAGCUGACACUCGGCCUGCUCCGCCUGCGCUUCUGGGUGCCUCGAGGAAGAACCGCCGUCAAGCAGCAGCUACAUCGAUGCGUUACCUGCACUCGAUGGCGUGCUGCCACGCCACAGCCUCAGAUGGGUAACCUUCCUCGGGACCGAGUAACGCCAACCCGACCGUUCCUCAGCACCGGCGUGGAUUACGCAGGACCCAUCCUCCUUCGGACCAGCAAGGGACGUGGACACCGUGCGCAUAAAGGGUACAUCGCAGUCUUCAUCUGUUUCUGGUCGAAGGCCACUCACUUGGAGGUCGUCUCCGACUACACCUCCGAGGCUUUCAUCGCCGCUCUGCACCGCUUCGUCUCCCGCAGGGGCCUCUGUGCUGAGAUCUACAGCGACUGCGCGACAGCCGAAGGUCAUCGUAUCGUCCUUGCCGCCACCGCUCAAGGAAUCCGCUGGCACUUCAACCCGCCAGCGGCCCCGCACUUUGGUGGUCUUUGGGAGGCUGCAGUGAAGUCGACCAAGUUCCACCUCCGUCGGGUGAUCGGCGAGACCACCCUCACGUUCGAGGAGCUGAGCACACUCCUCGCCCAGAUCGAAGCUUGUCUUAAUUCUCGUCCAUUGCAGGCACUCUCAGAUGACCCAGAGGACGUCUCUGCGUUGACCCCCGGUCACUUCCUCGUCGGGGCGCCGCUACUUGCUGUGCCGGAACCGUCAUUGACAGGGCAGACGGUACCCACCUUGUCACGCUGGCGUCAUUUGCAGCAGAUGAGGGAUCACUUCUGGCAGCGAUGGUCAUCCGAAUAUUUGCACGGACUAGCCUCACGCACCAAAUGGCUCAAGGGAGAAGCUGCACCCCACGUCGGUGACCUCUGUCUCGUGCGCUCCGAGCUCACCCCACCGAGCCGAUGGCCACUGGCUCGCAUAUCGCGACUUCACCCCGGGGACGAUGGGAUUGUACGCGUGGUGUCAAUCCGAACGGCCACGUCCGAGCUUGUGCGCCCACUCGUCAAGCUUGUUUUCCUCCCGGGCGUGAACGACGCACCUACACCGCACACUGACACUUCGUAA